GUCAAUUUAUUGAUUUCUCAAAUCGCCUAACAGCAUUCCUCUUUUACCGGUCCAAAAUCCAAAACCCUAAACCUCUCUCACCCGAACCUCGUCUGUGGACUUGCUCCUCUCCGGCGAACAACUCGUCGGCGUAACCCUCCAGAGGCGUUAUCUAAUUCAAUGGCAGAGGAGGUGCCACAGUCUCUAAAUUAUAUACCAGAAGUGAUUCUAAAGAAGAGGAAGAACAAUGAAGAAUGGGCAAUCAGAAGAAAACUCCAGUUAGAGCAGAAAGUCAAGAGACUUAAAUCUGAUAAUUUUGUUAUCAAGAAGCCUGAGCAGUUUAUUCGAGAGUACAGGGAUAAGGAGAUGGACCUUAUCCAAAUGAAACAAAGGGGAAAGAACAGAUCCAGGCGAGCUUUUGUCACGUCUGAGUCCAGUCUCCUUUUUGUCAUACGCAUUGGAGGAAAAUCUGAUAUGCACCCAAGAACGCGAAAGCUCUUGUACUCUUUGAGGCUGCGGAAAAUCUUCAAUGGCGUCUUUGUGAAGGCAGAUGCAAGAAUUUUGGAAAUCCUGCAAAAGGUGGAGCCUUUUGUCACAUAUGGAUAUCCAAAUCUCAAGAGCAUCAAGGAUCUGAUUUACAAGAAAGGUGCUGGAAAGAUUGACAAUCAGAGAGUUCCUUUAACCAGCAACGAAGUUGUCGAACAGGCAUUGGGUCAAAAUGGUAUUUUAUGUUUAGAAGACGUAGUGACUGAGAUUGCCAACGUUGGUCCACAUUUCAAAGAGGUCACUAGUUUCCUGUGUCCCUUUGCUCUCAACAAGCCAGAAAAGGCAUUGCAGGGUAAGAAAAAACGAUUUUCAGAUGGGGGCGAUUCAGGCAAUUGUGAGGAUCACAUCAAUGAGCUGGUCAGCAAGAUGAAUUAGCAGCAUAUUCAAGCUGGUCUAUUUGUUAGCUGUAAUCAUUGUUUGUGAUAAUGUCAUUUAGGUAUGUAGCACUUAAAACUUUGUCGGAUGAUGCAGAAGAAUUGUAGUUAUGAUACCUAAUAUUAUAUUCAUAAUUUUCACCGUCCACUGAUCUCA